AUGAUUCGCAAUGUCUCAAAAUUGACGGCCUUGAAUUGCAAACACAGUGGUCCAAUUUGCAAGUUAAUUUUAGGAAAAGAUGCAUCUAAUGAUUUUACUAGUACGCAAUGUAAGCAGUUUUCCACAAAUAUACCUGAAUAUGAUGUCUGUAUUGUUGGUACUGGUAUUGUUGGAAUGGCUACAGCCCAGGAACUGAUCAAAAGAUACCCAUCACUAAAAUUUAUCAGUGUGGACAAGGAAAGUGUCAUUGCUGCCCAUCAGAGUGGGCACAACAGUGGGGUCAUUCAUGCUGGCAUCUACUACACUCCUGGUUCUUUGAAGGCCAAGCUCUGCGUCGAAGGAUUGAAGCUUUCAUACAAAUAUCUCGAUGCUAAUAAUAUCCCUUAUAGAAAGUGUGGCAAGCUCAUUGUGGCAACAAAUCCAGAGGAGGUUAAGAGGUUAGAUGUUCUGCAUGAUCGAGGCAUCAAAAAUGAGGUCCCUGACCUCAAGGUAGUUGGUCCCGAUGAGAUUAAACAAAUUGAACCAAACUGCGUGGGCCUCAAAGCCCUUCACUCUCCCCACACUGGCAUUGUGGAUUGGGGUUAUGUGACGACCAUUUACGGCAAGAACUUUGAGAAGAGUGGAGGCACCAUCAAACUGAAUUUCGAGGUCACGAACUUUGAGGAGGCCAAAGAUAGCCCUGAUUAUCCUGUUCUCGUGACUGGACACAGCACUAGCGUUGUAGGCUUGUCGUCAUCAGUUCGAGCGAAGUACGUGAUAACAUGCGGAGGACUGUACGCAGACAAGUUAGCUCAGAAAUCCGGUUGUGAUCCCGUGCCCAAGAUAGUCCCGUUCCGUGGGGAGUAUUUGCUUUUGAAACCUGAAAAGAGGAAUCUCGUUAAUGGAAAUAUUUAUCCUUGUCCUGACCCUAAAUUUCCGUUCCUUGGGGUGCACUUCACACCUCGCAUCAACGGGGACGUCUGGCUAGGCCCGAAUGCCGUGCUGGCUUUCAAGAGGGAGGGGUAUAAGUUGCUGGAUUUUAGUCCAACUGAAUUUUUUGAUGCUAUCGCAUUCUCUGGCCUCAGGAAGUUGGUCUUUUCAAAUUUGAACUACGCAUUUGGCGAGUUGUAUCGUGGCGUGUAUACAGCCGCUCAGGUCAAGGUGCUUCAGAGGUUUGUGCCAUCACUGAGGGUCGAAGAUGUCGUCAAAGGGCCAUCAGGUGUUAGAGCCCAAGCAUUGGACACGUCGGGCAAACUCGUGGACGACUUCGUGUUCGAUAGUGGCACAGGAAGCAUCGGAAGCCGCAUGUUGCACGUCAGAAACGCACCAUCGCCUGCCGCCACUUCGUCGCUUGCCAUCGCUAAAGUCGUUGCUGAUAAAGCUAAGGAAGUCUUCAAGCUGUGA